CGCGGCGGGCGGAAGGGCGGCCGCAGUCCGCACCGGAAGCUGCAAGAGGUCUCCCAGCGUGGAGAAGGAUGAAGGAGGAGAAGAAGGAAUGGAGAGAUGGGCGAGUUAGAUGAAGUCGUGGAAGGACGUGGAAAAAUAUCAGGGUUUGACGGAGAGAGAGAAGCAGGACUUCAACAAGGGAGGAGGUGUCGGUGGUGGCGGGGAGGUGAUGGCGGAUUCCCCACUGUCACCUCCCCUCAUGCGCAGCAGCCGCUCCAGCGAACCGGCUCUCAGCUUCCGCACGAAAGGUCAGAAUCCUGUAUGUGAGUGGACUAACAGGCUGAACUGUGAUCAUGCCGAGCCGUCGCGACAACUGGCGAGUCGAGGGCCGCUCAACGCGUCCGGAAGCAGGCGAAGGCUCGUACCAGAAGCCUGCAGGUGAAAGUGACACCCAAGGAGGAAGAGAAAC